UGCAGUAGCGACUGUCACCGCAGCGUUACUCAACCAUCUGGCAGCACUGCCAAAUAAAAAGUGCGCCAUUUACUUAAAAAUUCUGAUCACUUUAGGAUCAUGCCACCAAAACGGAACAAAAAAACAGAGGCGCCAGUCGCUGAGCGGGAUGCAGGCGAAGAGCUGGAUCCCAAUGCGCCGGUGCUCUACGUAGAGCACUGCCGAUCCUGACGAGUCUUUCGUCGUCGAGCGGAGGAGCUGCACUCCGCUCUCCGUGAGCGUGGUCUCCAACAGCUUCAGCUCCAGCUGAAUGCACUUGGAGCACCGCGGCGAGGAGCCUUCGAGUUGAGUUUGAGCGCUGGCGGAAUGGGGAAGCAGGAGCAGGUGGAACUUUGGUCGGGUCUAAAGCGGGGUCCACCACGUGCUCUCAAGUUUCCCACUGUGGAGGAGGUAUACGAUCGGAUUGUAGGGAUUCUAAAUGACCAGCAGGAGUCCAAGGAACUGACCAACACGCAGAAGUCAUCGAAAAUUGAUUUAACGGAGUCCGAGGCAAAAACAUCGCCAAAGAAGUCGGAGUCCACAGAGGAAGCACAGGGAACUGAGGCACCUUCAACUUCGCGUAAAUCCAAAAAGGAACAGAAAUCCGAGGAAGAGCAAACUCAAGUCGAUUCAAAGGAAGCGAAACAAUCCAAAGAGCUGGCCAAAACGAAGAGACAACCGAAAGCCCAAAAGAAGCCGGCAAAGGCAUCCGAAUCCCAAAAAGAAGUCACCGAAGAGAAGCCUGUAAGCAGCCAGAAACGGAAGCGGACCACCAGAUCCUCCACAGACGAGGCUACUGCCAGUGCCAAGCGGAGGAGGUAGUUGUGCCCAAAACAAAGCGUUCAGCAAUAGUGCCCUAUGAUCGAUGAUUGGCAAAUCCUCUCGAGGAACCGAUCGUUGAGAACCCCUUUGCCUUUGUUGAUCGCUCAAUUUUGGACCAAAACUACAUACAUGAAAAAUACUCGGGCAUUGUUAUUACAAAAUAUAUUAAAACAUCUUAGAAACCUA